AUGGCACCGCAUAAUAUCGACAAAGACGAUGAAGAUUACAUAGAAGUACUUACGACGAAGGAAGAAACAAUUCAAAAACUGAGAAGCACUAUAAAAUAUCUGGACAAUUUAUGGUCGUUAUGGACGGCACAAUAUAUCUUAGAACUGCGAAACUUUCAUCAAAAACGCAUUCGACAGAAAUCAUUUACUAGAAAGAUCCCUGCGAAAGGCGAAGUUGUCCUAAUAAUGGAUGAAAACACAAAAAGAGGUUCAUGGCCUAUGGGAAUUAUCGAAGCAGUAAAGUAUGAUCCCGAUGGGGAGAUACGAGAAGUGACGCUGCGUACUGCGCAACGAGCAACACUUACGAGGUCAAUAAACAUGUUAGUCCCGCUAGAACUAGAUAGCGAAAAUAAAAAAGUACAAAGUAGUGCUCAAACCGAUGAGUCACUGCCAAACGAUGAAGGAAACGUCGAUACUGGUGAACCAAAAAGCAACGAGGAAGACCAAGAACACGCCAUGCGGUCUUCAUUGCCAAGGAAAGCAAAAGAAAAUGUGCAUUACGUAUACAACACAACAAUGACAGUGCUCUUUUUGUUCCCUCACCAAGCCAAAGCACAAAAAACACCCGUUACAUCCAUAAAAACAGAAUGCAUUCUUGGAGGUGUAAACAUAUACGGAGUAGGAACAGCACAAAGACUGCAAAUAUGCGGUGAACACCACUGUGUAGAAAUAAACGAUCCAAAAGAUAAUGUGACAAUCCAGUUUCCGCCAGAA